AUGGGCAAAACAAAGGACUCUGUGGAAGAGGAGAGACCCAAAUGGGACAACAAGGUUCAGUAUCUUUUAACAUGCAUUGGAUUUGCGGUGGGAAUUGGAAACGUCUGGCGGUUUCCCUACCUGUGCCAAAUUUAUGGAGGAGGUGCAUUCCUUAUUCCCUACCUGAUAGCGCUGGUGUUUGAGGGUCUACCUCUGCUCUACCUGGAGCUGGCUAUAGGACAAAGGCUCCGCAUGGGGAGCAUUGGUGUCUGGAACUCCAUCUCACCACUUCUGGGAGGAGUUGGCAUUAGUUCCAUGAUAGUGUCUUUCCUGGUGUGCCUCUUCUACAACACCAUCCUGGCCUGGGUGCUCUGGUACUUCUUCCACUCUUUUCAAGAUCCACUGCCGUGGAGCCAGUGCCCACUCAAUGAUAACCUUACAGGCUACAAUGUGGAGUGUGAGAAGAGUACUCCAGUGAAUUUCUUCUGGUACCGUGAGACACUGGACAUCACACCUAACAUUGAAAUCAGCGGCUCCCUGAAGUGGUGGAUGGUCGUCUGUGUGGCCACCGCCUGGGGUGUGGUCUACAUCUGUUUCAUCAAAGGUAUUGAGUCCAUGGGCAAGGCUGUGUAUGUGACAGCCACCUUCCCCUAUUUGGUACUGACCAUUUUCCUGAUCCGUGCCAUCACUCUGCCUGGCGCCACUGAUGGACUGAUGUACCUUUUCACUCCUGAUUGGGAGAUACUAAAGAACCCUCAGGUGUGGCUGGACGCUGCAACCCAGAUCUUCUUCUCUCUCUCUGUGGCCUUUGGAGGUCUCAUAGCUUUCUCCAGCUAUAACACUGAGAGAAACGACUGUGAAAUGGAUGCUGUUCUAGUAGGAAUAAUAAACAGUGCCACAUCUCUUUACGCGUCCAUUCCCAUCUUUUCCAUCCUGGGAUUCAAAGCCAACACCGUCUACAACUCCUGUCUAAAAGAAAACAUCUUGGCUCUGACCAACCACUUUGAGAUUUCUGAUCAGAACAUAACAGUGGAGAACUAUGAGCCCUGGCUUAAGUAUCUAAAUCAGACACAUCCAGAUGAUCUCUCCAGUGUGGACCUGAGGCACUGUGACCUGCAAACAUUCCUUGACCAGAGCGCUUCAGGUACUGGUCUUGCUUUUAUCGUGUUCACUGAAGCAGUGUUGGAGAUGCCAGGCUCGCAGGCAUGGGCCAUAUUGUUUUUCAUCAUGCUUUUCAGCUUAGGCCUCUCCUCCAUGUUUGGCAACCUUGAGGGAGUCCUGAAUCCCAUCAAUGACCUCAACCUGGUACCCAAGUGGAUCCCCAAUGAACUUGUAACAGGAUCCAUUUGCUUGAUAUCCUUUUUGAUGGCUCUCAUCUUCACUCAGGGAUCAGGGAACUACUGGGUGGAGGUCUUUAACAGCUACGUGGGCUCUGUACCUCUUCUCAUCAUUGCAUUCUUUGAGAUUGUUGGAGUCAUUUACGUCUAUGGAAUGAAAAAUUUCAGUGAAGACAUCUAUUUCAUGACUGGGAGGAGGCCCAACAUCUUCUGGAAGGCGUGCUGGAUGGUGAUCAGUCCAGUAAUGCUCCUAGUGGUGUUGGUGGCUUACGUCAUCAUCCAGGCACAGAAGCACCCCUCCUACCCCACAUGGAACCCUGAUUAUGAAUCAUUCCCCCAAACUGAAACAAAGCCCUACCCCGACUGGGUGUUUGCCAUCAUCAUCCUUCUCUCAGCACUGCCUGUGGUUUCCAUCCCACUGGUGGCUCUCUACAAACUGAUAUGCUGUGGAAUCAAGAAGUCUUCAACGAGUGCUGCCCUAAACCCCUACAACAAUGACGGCUUUGAGAUUGAAACACAUGAACAGACAAACUGA